AUGGCGCGAGCAGCACCAGGAGACAUCGCCCAAAUCUGGCAAGGCCUUAUGCCAGCGCUUGACCCGGUCGUUGCGGCCACCUGGGUCGCGCCACCUAACGGCACCAACCCGUUAGCCCUGGCCACCUACACGAGGCAGCAACUGCUCACAUUCAUGCGCGAUCCACAGUACGCCGUUGACAUGUUCACCGAAGGAGAGCGGCCCUUACGCCCAGUUAUAUGCUGGCCGAACUAUCCCCGAAUGCGCGAUGAAGCAGCCGUGAUCUGGCAGUACAGAGCCGUAGACUUCCCACCGGGCCCCGGGGUGCCAGCCCUGCCUCACACGCAGCCGCGGAUCGACGCCAACAUCCAAACCCUCGGCGUCGUCGAUCCCAUCCGCCGCCUGAUCUACCGUGGCGAUCUCCACGCCCUCGACGCCCUCAAGCGAGCCGACAAAUGGUCUCCCGACGGGUACGGGCGCGACGGGAUGAGCUAUGCCGCCAUGGCCUGGAACAACGGGGUUCAUCUCAACGCCGGACACGAGCUGGUCUUGCACUACAUCCUGUACUCCUGCCGCAAGAGCCGCACCUGGGCCCAGCAACCACUGUACUGUCCCCGCCUGAACAGCAACGCCCCAAGCACCGACAUCCACCUCGACCUCAUCCUCACGCACUACUACCAUCUCUUCUGGCGAUACUGGAGCUUCCUAGACCGCGUCACCGUGCUGCCAGGCGGCCACAUCACCUGGCUGGAGGACAACAACGGGAACCCACGCCUAAGCCCCAGGUCCCUCGCCACGCUGGCCGACAACAUAACAGGCGGGCAAUACAAAUCGCUCAUGGCCAACAACGCCUUCGACCUGGCAACCCACGUGCCCGACAUCUGGUACCGCGCCGUAAACCCCAAUCCCAACGCCAACCUCCCCCAAGCGCUCUGGACCAGCGCCGUCGCCCGCGCGGCCAUCGACACCCCCCCGCUCACCGGCCCCUUCCUCGACCCGCCGCUGCAACACGCCUUCACGCUGCGCAACUACAGCGCCUUCGUGCGGCUCCUCCGCGUCGGCGCCUGCGCCGACACCUUCCUACGCUCGAUAGACGGGAUCCACGGGUGGCACGGCCGGCGGUCCAGGGAGUGGAAGUACAUCGCGGCAGCGGUACACUGGCACCGCAACAUCAACCCGAACCCGGGGGGCCAGGUGGCCGGGGGCACGCUGUACCACGUGAUUGUGCGGAUGCUGGACGGGCGGAUGAUCGCGCUGGCGCUGCGCGUCGGCUUGCCUGGGGCGUAUGGGAUCACAGCGGCGCAGGAGGGCGUGCUGCGGGCGCGGCUGUAUGCGCAUGCGCGGCGGUUCAUCCAGCUUGUUGGCGGGGGGAGUCGGUUCCAUGUCAACGGGCCGAAUAGGACGACGAGGAAUGACGCGGGGAAUACGGCUGCGGAUGAGGUGAGGGCUUUGGCGGCCGCGAGGCCGGGGAUUCGGCUGCAUAGUCUUAUUGCAUUGUUGUAG